CUUCUGCCCCCUCCAUCCAGUUCACAGCUGCUUGAGUAUCAUGUCCUUAACCUCACACUGAUUGCCGCAGAUUCUCAAGCACAAGACUUUUUUCCCGCUGAUUUCCCCUGCUCCUGCACCUCGUGUACAUUUGCAUCUCCUGCAUCCGGCCACGUUCGUCCCGUCCCGUCUCCAUCGGUUCCUGACUCCGCUACCCCGCCAUUUACGUCAUACGCAAUGGCAUCCUCGACCGCACAGUCUGGGCCAACACGGGGACCUUUUGAGCCACCGGUACCAACACCACAAACAGAACUAAAGCAGCCGCCAAAGCGACCCAAAUGGUGCCUCACCGAACACCUCCUGACAACGUAUGGGUACGAAUUCCAGACUGCCACGCAGCAUCCGUUUCUCGAGGCAGCCGCCAAGGGUGAGCUCCCCAAGGACGUCCUGAGUCGCUGGCUCGCCAACGACAGGCUGUACAUCCAUAGCUAUAUCCGCGCCGCCGGAAAGCUUCUUUCCACCAUCGACUUGCCCCAGAAGAUCCCGGCGCCCAAGCAAGAUGGAUCCGAGGCCGAACCCGAACAGUGGGAAACCCAGCUGGUGGACUGGCUAAUCGAAGCCCUUGGCGCCGUCCGCAGAGAGGAGAGAAUGUUCAUCGAAGUUGCCGAGCGUUACGGCUUGAGAAUUGACCUGACUACUCCAGCCGCAACAGCGAAGAGCGUCAGUACCAGCACCAGCACCAGUGUCGAACACCAUCUCCACGCCCCUGCCGCCAACGUUCUCACCAUUCCCGAUGAGCAAAAGCUCCCGGGCUUGCUGCAGAUUUCCGAGCUCUUCUCCACCAUCAUACCUGCCCCCAUCCCCGUAGCACCCGCGCGCGGUCUCGUCGUUGCCGUAUCCGCUGACAAGUCAUCGCCCGACGACCCGCCCUCUACCCCUGAUCCUGACCAGAUCGCGCAAGCCAGCGAGAGUGAGAAGGACAAGGAAUCACAGCCUGACGAUGAAGACGAACCAGAGGAGCAACCAGUUCAUCCUCCUCCCGCUCUGCCAUGGCUCGAAGGCGCUCUCACCUUCUAUGGCACCGAGCUCGCCUACUUAGCCGCCUGGUCCUAUGCUAAAUCCCUACAAAACAAAUAUUCUGCGGGCGCCACCUCCCGCUCCGCUGGCACCCAAGGCCAAGAGUCGUCGUCCUCAAACAGCGCCCCCAGUGCCCCGAGACAAUAUACAACGCCUCCGCAUACCUUCACUACCACAACUCCUGUCACUUCCCCCGCCCCAUCCCGCGAAGCGCUUUCCGCAUUCUCCUCGCCACACGUCAGCAUCCAGCCGUUCCAACCCCCUCCUCCCCCGAACAGCGCUUCCGGCGAUAGAUCUGCACCGGGGACGCAGGAUGCGGAUGGCGGCGCUUUGAGAAACGAGUUCAUCCCCAACUGGAGCAGCGUGGAAUUUGCACUCUUUGUUAACCGGCUGGGACGAAUCAUCGAUGGUGCCGUGUCCGAGUUACUCGAAGCUGCGGGUGGAGAAGGCCCGGUGGCGAAUGCGGCUAAGGGGGCUAUCUUGAGGAGAGUGGAGGGCAGAUGGAAGAGCUUGAUGGUUGCCGAGGCGUCGUUUUGGCCCGAUAUCUAGGACGUAUUGGGCACUCUUGGCGCUUUUAAAGUUGGAUGAUAUGUGGGAUUGAGACAGCAAAAUUAUAUGGUUUUAUGGACGGGAUCGUAGCAUGACCGAAUGUUGUUCGUUAUUUUGGAUAUACCUCGGAGAGUUUCAAAGUACGCUGAAUCCGGAAUAUACAGACUCUUCUUUAUCUCCUGCCCUGUUCGCUGAAGCCGCUACAUUGUUGACCUUGGAAGCAGCUAUAUGACUUGUGUGUCUGAGCAGAGUCGGGCGUUGCAACACUGCGUUCAAGCGUGGACGUAGAAUUCUGGACGCCCUCGAAACACGUACCCCGCAGGAGGUCCCCAACAGAACGACGAUGUUCUUUGGGGAUUAAAUCCGCACUAAAGUUUGGAAAUUGUGACCCGCCAGCCCCAGCUGCGAUAUUCGAAUCGGCUCUCCCACUAAUUAUCCUCCCACCCCUGAACUUCCUCCUAUGGUGCUUUGACCGGGGAUUCUUAGCCUGCAAACUAACCAGUCGACCGCGCACUAUCUCGCUGGACACGUGAUGCUGCUUGCUCAACUGCCGCAUCUCGCGCUUGACACGGGCAUGUACCUCCGAGGCUGUAUCAAGUACUCUUCGAAUAGUUCGUAGCUCGGCUACUUCGGCUAGGGAGAGGGUGGUGCUGGCGCCAGGAAUUCCGUUGCGCUCGGCGACGGUGGCGGCGGUACACCCAGUGGCGACGGCGAUGCUGCCGCCCUGCGCGACGACGGAGGCGAGGGCGGAGAGUUUGUCGGCCACUUGGGAGAAGGUGUCGGUAAGGGUUGGGAGGUCGAGGAGCUGUGGUGGGUUUGGAUUUGGAUCUGAGUUCGUGGUGGGAGCGAUGGGAGUGGUGGAAGUGGUGGAAGUGAGAGUCUCGCGUUGGCUCGUCUUUGCAGGGCUGGUGGCGGGUGUCGACAUUGUGCUUUUUUGGUCUAACGGUUUCCUCUUGAUAUUAGACAUGAUUGUUGAUGGUGAUGAUGUUGGGGUAGUAAUGAUCUGUAAGAGUGGUGAAUCUUUGUGGUAGCUGACGGAGGCAGAGAAUGAGUAGGUAGAUACAGGAUUCUUCGUUAACUUAAAUAUCAGGACUGG